AUGUCGUUUGUGCCGAGUGAAAACCCUCUCGAUGCUAGACCUCGAACUUUAAAGUCGACUCGUGCAGCUUUGAACAAUGUAACAAAUACUACAGUUGCACAAGAAGCCAAGACCGCCAAUUCCAGUGCUCGCUCAUUGGGUAAAGCGCUUCGCACCGCAAGAUACAGGCUACAAAAUGCCAAAGCCACUGGCUCUUUGAUCCCACAGGCAAGGCGCGAAGAUGCUGCCGAACAAGAGCUCUCGUCAACCACUUCAAAAAGUACAAGUCGGUCCAUCGUCAAUUCUAUAAGCAGCGCGACUUCUGGCAAUCAAACAGCAUUGCGGGAUUCUAUGCCAACAGAGCUGGGCAAAGAAAAUGUGGAUCCUUACUCGACAAAGCUAUCCAGCAUCGAAGAAGAACACCAUCUCUCGCAGCCACAAUCGGUUUCGAGCUCCAAUGACAUGCUAAACUACGAUACAAAUCAAACAAUUCUCAAAGACUCGGACUACAGCAAUGUAAUGCAAACGGAGAUUCCAAGCAGCAUGGACCAAGAACAAGGGCAGGAACAGCAGGAUUCCGGUCAACUCGUUGAGACUCUCAGUGAUAUCAGCAAAAAGAGACCUAUAUCCACCGUGGUAGAGCAAGAUGAGCCCAAAAAGUUUAAAGUGUGCGCCAAGGGAACAGAAUAUGAAUGGGAAGACCUCGAUUCUGAAGAUGCAAACGAUCCAUUCAUGGUGAGUGAAUACGUCACUGAUAUCUUUGAAUACCUUCACAAGCUAGAAAUUAUGACGCUUCCAAACCGCCAUGACCUAUACAAGCACAGCAACAUCCGACAAAACAGAGAUAUUUUGGUAAACUGGAUGGUGAAAAUUCACAACAAAUUUGGUUUACUACCAGAAACUCUCUAUUUGUCUUUGAACAUUAUGGACAGGUUUCUCUGUAAAGAGCUCGUACAAUUAGAGAAGCUACAGCUAGUGGGAACCGCAUGUUUAUUCAUUGCCUCAAAAUAUGAAGAAGUGUAUUCGCCUAGUGUCAAACAUUUUGCAUACGAAACUGAUGGCGCGUGUGAUGAGGACGAAAUUAGAGAAGGAGAGAAAUUCAUCUUGAAAACACUAGAGUUCAAUCUCAAUUAUCCAAAUCCCAUGAACUUUCUCAGAAGGAUCUCAAAAGCAGAUGAUUACGAUAUACAAUCACGAACGCUAGCAAAAUACCUUCUGGAAAUAUCAAUUGUAGACUUCAGAUUCAUCGGUAUCCUACCAUCUCUAUGUGCCGCCACAGCUAUGUUCCUCUCCAGAAAAAUGCUGGGCAAAGGGAAGUGGGAUGGCAAUCUGAUUCACUACAGUGGCGGUUACACAAGAGAAGAACUUGCGCCAGUGUGUAACAUGGUUAUGGACUAUCUAGUCCAGCCUGUGGUUCAUGAUGAAUUCUUCAAAAAAUACGCAUCAAGAAAGUUUAUGAAAGCAUCAGUUAUUUCAAGACAAUGGGCCAAGAAAGUUGUUGCUCACGGUUAUGACAUCAUGACUUUACAUGAAACCUCCGAGUGA